AUGGACGACAUGCAAGAGAAGUGCGGCUGCAGAAAGCCGGACAUAACCAUCUUCGAGAUAUGCCGAAGCUGUGGCAAUCCAGUCAAUUUCGAAGAGCUUCGACAACAAGCUAUCGAUACCUACGAUAGAGACGGUCGGCCGAUCGAGGAUCCUAAUCUGCCUCGACGUCACCUUCUGAUAGGAAACCCGAGGAACAGCUUGAGAGUCCUACACCUGGACGAUGACGCGUCCCCGAUUCUAAGUGGCACAUUCGAGCGAGCUUCGAUUACCCAUUUACCCUCGUAUGAAGCCGUUUCCUACUGUUGGGGUGGAGAUGAUGGUGACUAUACUAAGUCUGAAUUCAUCAUCAUCGGCGGCAGCCUCUUUCCAAUCACCAAGAACUGUGCCGCAGUGCUUCACAAAAUUCGCAAGACAAACAGCAAGAGAGUCAUUUGGAUUGACUCACUUUGCAUCAACCAAAAUGAUGUCAAGGAGAGAUCGGUUCAGGUCAGGCAGAUGGGACAAAUCUUCUCAGGGGCACAGAAGGUCCACAUCUACCUUGGCAACAAUGUCAACAACAUGACUGCCUCAAAAGCCUUUUACGUGCUGAACUCAAUGCAAAACUUGCACGAGUUCAGCAUGAAGCUGAGGAAUAGGGCAGAGUCGGUCAAGGCGUUGUUCACCCAGACCUACUUUUCUCGAAUGUGGAUCAUACAAGAAGUUCUCCUCGCAAAGUCUGCUGCACUGCAUUGGGGAACAGCCACCAUUCCGUGGCAGACAUUGAGCGAAGGUCACCUGGAAGAGUUUAAAAAAUCCGGCAUAGACAGUUGUAUCCCCGAGUGGAUGCGAAUUCGGGCAACGGUCAAUAAUUUCAGGAACUCCGAGACCCUAGGUGAGCUACUGUUCAGCGCCAUGGGCAGCACUGCGAGCAACGAUAGGGAUAAGGUGUAUGGGACCUACGGACUAUUGUUUGAUGCAGAGGAGGAGGGUCUCACAGUCGACUACAGUCUAUCAGUGGUACAAGUUUUCACAAAUAUGGCCGCUCAUUUAAUCAAAAAGCACAACGCCUUGCGGGCCGUCCUACGACAUGCCAACCACGACGCCCCCCUCAUUGACGGCGAGCAGCUUCCCUCUUGGGUGCCCGAUUUUCGAUCAAGAUCUGUGCCAAAAGAGGUCUCAAUAUCCCGUGGCGGGCUCAAGGACUUGGAGGCUGACUCCCGCAUCACGUUCGAAGAGUCGAUCCCCAGUUGUGGGGCAAAUGAACUAUGUCUUCGGGGGCAUAGAUUAACAAUGCCCGGGCUCCAACGAGAUUCGCUGACUGAAUACUCGACGACCAGGACACGAAAACCCAGGGUUGAAAUCCGAGCAAAGUUUCAAGUGGCUUUCGACCCUGAAGACCACACGGUUUUCUGGAUGCCCGAUGGGGCGCUUCUCCAGUUGAAAAGGCAUCCAACCAGGGAAGAUGCAUAUACAUUUCUCGGGGGGUGCGUUAUUAAACACGCUAGCACUCUCCCUAGCUUUAUCUUUCACUAUCGCGACCUCUCUGACGCCAUGUACGGCUUAAAACUGCCAGCUCUCAAGUCCCUUUGGAAACUAUGCAUGAAUUUGGACUGUAUUUCACACCACGAUCGGAUUCGGCUCAGGCUCGGGUCUUUAAAGCUCCCAGAUACAAGCAUGGGAUGGGAAAAGGCCGAGCACGUGUUAAACGCAUACGACUUUGUCAAUCUUCUAGACCGAAACCGUACCCCCUUGGAACCCGAUGCCCAACAGAUGCUCCACUUCCUGCGUUUUUGUCAGAGCGAUGACACGUGGGAGGUAUUAGAAAAACCAAACAUAGGCUUGAAGUCUCGAGCCUGGUACAGUAUCCAGGACAUUAGCGACCUUUGUCUGGCUUGGCUACAGUGCUAUGAGACAGCCGAGUACCUAAUCGAGCAAUCCUCAAAGAUCACCCAUGAAGAUUCAACUUUAACAUCGAGGCUGAGAUCAAAGUUCCUGAAUCAUCUAAAGGUCUGGGAGAAAACCACUGAAGCGCUUUCAAAAGCAUUGAGGUGGACCGAAGGCUCGACAUGGCCGUUUAAAACCCCUCCUCGGUUCCACAAAUGGGACUGUGAUGAAGACAGCAAAGAUACCCCUGAUGAAGAUGGCAAAGACACACUCCGCAAGAAAAGGCGGGCUGAAAUGAUCCUUUGGCCUCAUCAGAAGCCUUCUAGGUUCAAAAUGCGGGGCCGUGAUGAAGGCAAGAAAGCGGAAGACAGCUCUUACGGAGAGGAAAUGAGACUUCGUUCGAUAAUCAGGAAUAACUUCAGUGGUGUUCGGCUCAGAUUCGACCUGCCCGUAACCGCAACAAGACCGCGAGACAAGAGAGUUGAGUAUGUCCUCGAGCCCUGGGGUGAGAAAUGGGCUGGAACGAUUCGGUCGAUUCCGUAUCUUCUCACUGUCGGCGAACACCUCGAUUCAAUACGUUCUGUAGGGUCUAGGGUGAAGUAUUCCAAGCAAGACGAUUCGACAUGGAAGAACCUGGAAGUUCGGCUAGCUGAAACCAUCACUCUUUUGUAG